AGGAGGUAGCAUGGGAGAAAAGAAGGUGGGGAGGGCAAAUACAGUGGUGCACGCAUGUGUGUUGGAGGGAGAGGAGACAGAGGGUAAGCGAGAAAAUGGGAGGCAGCAUUACCCGCCCAGACCGGGAGGAGAGAAGGGAAGGACAGGCAGCGUGCUCGUCCCUCCAACAGACAGAGGUGGAAGAGAAGUGGGCAUGAGAAACAGAAGAGCACAAUGAAGGAGUGCCAUUGUCCAUCCUGGCUAAAUUGCCAUUUCACCAUCUGCUGAAAGACAGGAAGAGAGACGGAGGAGGGGAGAAGAAGAAGAGGAGACUGUGAGCGGAGGAGGAGAGAAUAGAUGGAGAGGCAGUGACUUUAUGAAUUGAUCAAGCGGAAGAGUGGAUCAGAGGAGAAGCACGUUUUUAUUUCUAUGUCGGGAAGUGGAGGAAAGGAAAGCCAGACAGAAGGAGAGGACGGAUGUUCGGACAGUCCGGGGAUGUUUAAACAUUAAUGUGGCUUUCAGAUGAAAAUGGAACUCGGCUUUAGAUGAAUGGCUGUGCAUGCUUUAUAAACCAAAAAAUGAACUACUAAUAUUUUGCCAUUUCUUUUAAAAAAAGGCAGAUUUGUUAGUCUUAAUUUAUACAGAGCAGUCUUAAUUAAUUUACAGAUUUUUCUAUGAGAAUAAGAUCUACUCAGCAGGAUGUUAUACAAUCGUCUUUGUUAACUGCUGUAGACAAUAUUCAGGUUGUUUUUAUGCAACUUUUCUUAACAGUUGUCUUCAAAGGCAAGCGGAGUGUUUUUGCUCUUUAUACUGUUAAUCGGAAUUUUGUUACUGUUCUUGAAAUAUUCUCAGUUUUAAACGCUUCAGCGAGUCGGUGCAUUCAGCCAGUGGAGAUGUCAACAUUGAUCGGGUUUUAUGGCUGGCGAGAUGUCGGUCAAACUUUGAUCAUUUCCUGAACUGUAUUGAUCUUUCUAAGAGUCUGUAGUUCUCUUUUUUUCCUGCCAUUGGAUUAAAAAAUACAGCUCUAAUGUGGAGGCUUUGGUGCAACAGCUAAUUGCUUGCAAAAGCAGUUAUCUCUCUGAAGAUUUCUGCUGUUGUCGGGACUUCUUGGCAUAAAUCCUCCGCAGGCAUCUCUCUUACUGUCUGUUGCCAUUGCAACGGGCUGCAGCUGCAGACAGAACAUCAUGUAAAAAUCUUUUCUCUUUGUCCUUGUCUUUUUAAAACUGGUGCUGUUUCAUUUGGUAUUUGUAUGCUUUUCAUAGAUAACACCAAAUAGGACAGAUGAGUUCAUAGUUGUGUGUUGUUUCUUUGUUACAUUGGAUCUUUGAUUCUCUAGUCUGUGAUUCAGGGUUGUUUCAGGUCACCUGUACCCUUUUACCCACUCUUAAAGGUCAUCAACUUCAUCAGUCAAACUUGAUGUGCUGUUAUCAGGCACAACUGGAUAAAUAUAAUCAUCAUUCUCAUUUCUCUUGUACAUAUCAGUGGGUACAGCUGAUUGGCCUCUAGGCCUCUAAUCACCCAUCGUUAACUGUGGUUCCUGGUGUGUUAGUGACUCAGGAUUUCUGUCCAUGUCAAGGGUCGUCAUCUUUGUUGUCACCUGACCUACACUGUGUUCAGUGCACUAAAAAUAUCCCAGGGCCAAGGCGCCUUUGUUUAGGAAUACCUGGAGUUUCCUCGGUAUUGCUUGUACAUCCAUCUAACUGGAUCUGUUGCCUUUUUCAAGUGCUAAUCUUUUUUCUCAACUCUUAGUUGAUCUGUUUAAUAUUUCCCUGGGUAUUUUUUCCAGUCACAAUUCUUUACAGCUUUCUGGCGAUCAUCCCAGCCUUCCCAGCUAGCAGUGCAUUGCAUUAGUAUGACUGGAUCCUCCAUGGUGCUUUUUGGCCAACACCAGAUGGAUGGCUAGCUAGAGUUGCUAGACAAUCCCUCUGUGGUGCUAGACUUGUGUAGGCGACUGUUCCUCUGUCAUGCAUCCAGCGCCCACUACAAUCUUGAGCACUGUUACUUCAGGCCUAGGAAAUAAUUUAAAUGUUAGUGUGGAAGAAAGGGGUGAAAUCAGCCGCUUGUUUGGUAUAACUGAAACUUUGGUGCCAAAUGUAGAACUUUGGUGCAAGUUGUCUGGAUAAAUAAGCUAGCUUAAAGGUCAGUGCAUUGCUUGUGUGAAUAGUGCCAGUGGGACUGUAGGUGUAGCAUUGCCACCUCCUGACUGUUGCAGACAGCUUCAUUGGAGAGGUUUUGGGUUUAAGGAGACUGUUAAUGCAAACAGACUGUUUGUAUUUUUAGGUUGCACUAUGCAGAACAUGAAAUGUUUAAAGCUGUCUGUGUACUGGAAGCUUUGCCUUAGAUAAGGAAUGAAUAUAAUCCUGGGUUUGCUCAUAUUAAAAGCCACUGCAUCAACACUCUUCUCUCAGGUAAUCUGGGCUUGCUAUUUGAACUGUGAUGUGCUAAGGCAAGUAGGUGCGGAGUACAUUGGUUUCAUUUUAAACACCAAUGCACCUCCAUUCAGGGAACCAAAGUGAGGAAGUCCAAACCUGACCUGUCAGGUUUCAUUGUCAUCACAAUGAGUCCGCCGGUAGUCGCCAUCAACCGCUGACCUACAUUCUACAGCGUUACAUCACCGCCGUGCUUCUGCAGUGUGUGUCAGUGUACCAGACACAGGCAGCGUCUCAGACUAAAUGUACCGCUGUCAAAUGGUGCUUCAGAAAACAAAAAAAAUGCAUCCAAACUUAGGUGGCCAGUUUUAGGGAACACACUUGAACCAAGGCUGGCUCUGUUGUUUUAGCCAUAUCAGUAACCUCAGUCAGGAACUGGCUAAACUCUGCCAGCCUAGUCUUAAUUACAAACUUUUUUUCUGUCAGUUUUUCUAAAACCACCAUGUCUAGCCUCUAGCCAUCCACAAUCCUUACGUUAAAGAGACAAAAAGGCACGGAUCAACUAUAAAAUACUAAAAAAAGGGACUGUUAAACUAGGCAGUCUGGAGAACGGGCGAGCAGUCGAGGGAGGGGGAGAGGGAGAACGAGAGAUCAUCUGGAAGAGGAGAGAGGAAGUGGUGGCACAGGAGAGGGCGGAGGCGUUGGAGAGACAGAGGUUGGCAGACUACAUUGUGUGGAGGAAGAGAGAGGACUUCCAGGAUAAGAAAGGAGACAGAGAGAAGGGAGGAAAGGGCUCUGAGAGAGGGAAGGAGGCUUCACCAGAAGUGAUCUGGAAGAGGAGAGAAGAAGAAGAAGGGGAAACAGGGACGGAUAGAGCAAAGGCCAUUCAGAGAGGACAUGAAAGCAUUUGGAGGAAGAGAGAGAGGGAGUGAAAAAGGGAGCCAGUGCCAUUUUUGCGUUAAGCUUGAAAAGUAGGUGUUCAGGAGAUUGUAACAACAGUUUGGUAGCACUCGUACUUCAAUAAGCCUCCUCUCUGUCGUCUUUAGCAGCGCUGCAGGUAUUUGCUAUAUUAGCAACCGAUGUAGGUGGUGUGUUGCUGCUAUUUAGUUGUUGUGUGCAGCGUCUCUUAAUAAACCCAAUGUUAGACGCCAAUAGGACUUGUAUAGGCUUAUAUAAAGUAAGGUAGAGUUGGCAAAGGGAACUGCUUCACGCUUGCGCAUGCCAACACUAACACAAAGGUUUAUACUGGCCCACGUAUGUAGACACAUCAUUAACAAGUGUGCACGCCUUUGUUCUUUAAGACAAACACGAAGGGGGUGCUUGGAGAGACAAUCACUUGUGUUGAUUCUUCAUGGUGCUGGCGACAGCUGAAUAACAAGCCCUCACUCAGAGGUGAUUAAGCUGGGACGAGAUACUCACGGAUAUAUUUUACAUUGUGUCCGAACUCCAGGAGGAACAGAACUCGUCUUCAUCUAUUCAGGGGAACUGAACAAACAAAAACUAUACAAAAGAACUGAGGGCAACAUGAGCUGUACUGGUGCACUAAUAAACUAUUUUCAUCUGUAUUCCAACUUCAUUGUGAAGGCUCCGCUUCUCCAAUGCACCAUCUCCCAUCUUGUGCUCAUUGUGGAUAGUGUCAAUUUUAACGCAGUUUGUUUUUGGCUGCUUGGUAACGGCUGGAGGACAGACAACCAGACAGAUGGAUACAGAGCUCUUGCAGUGAGCAAGAAGGACAGAUGGUUGUAUGUCCUUUCAAAGGGAAACUUUGAAUUUUGAGACAAAAGAAUUUAAAUCGCUACAGCCAGUGUGGACUUCAAAUCUCACCCUGCAUAAUUAUGGAGCUUGUGCAGAAAACAAAGUACACCCACAUUCGGAGUGAGUCGUUGAGCUCAACUGAUGAAACAAACUCCAACCCAUCAUCGUUCCCGCCUUCCAGCCCUGCCACCCCCCUAACACCCUCCCCUGGUUUACCUUCUUCUCUCUCCUCCUCGUCUCUCACUCCCAUUUUGCCCCCCACCUCUCCCCGACAGGCUGAGAACAGCCCCACCACCCUCUGUUCCUUUUUCCCCAGUAUGAGAUCCAUUCGUCUGGGUGUCUCCUCUACCCUUCUCCCUGGACCCAGGACCGUGAGCAGGUCACAGCCGGCUCAGGCUCCUGUUGAGUCCUCUGGAGAUGCCAGGAGCAACUCCAGCUCCUCACCUCCUCUUCAUCAACAUGUUGCCCUCCUAACUGCUCCCUGUCCCCCUCCUCGACCUCCUCUGCAGGACAUGAACCGGCUUGCAGGGGCCUCCAGGAGGGCACGGGUGGAAGGAGGUCAGCUGGGAGGAGAUGAAUGGACGCGACAUGGCUCCUUUGUCAACAAGCCCCCCCGUGGCUGGCUGCAUUCAGACAAUGUGGUCAGCACCACUGGAGUUUCCUAUACUGUACGGUACAUGGGUUGUGUGGAGGUGCUACAGUCAAUGAGAGCUCUUGACUUCAACACCAGAACCCAGGUCACCAGGGAGGCUAUAGCUGUGGUUUGUGAGGCAGUACCUGGAGCCAAAGGAGCACGCAGGAGAAAGCCUGCUGCUCGUUGUCUGACAUCCAUACUGGGGAAAAGUAACCUGCAGUUCGCAGGCAUGACAAUCAGCCUCACCAUCUCCACCAGCAGCCUCAAUCUACUGGCCUCUGACUGCAAACAGAUUAUCGCCAAUCAUCACAUGCAGUCCAUCUCCUUCGCUUCUGGAGGAGACCCAGAUACAGCUGAGUACGUAGCAUAUGUGGCCAAAGAUCCAGUCAACCAGAGAGCAUGUCACAUCCUGGAAUGCUCGGAGGGUUUGGCCCAGGAAGUCAUCAGCACCAUUGGCCAGGCUUUUGAGCUGCGCUUCAAACAGUACCUGAAGAACCCCCCCAAACUGGUCACACCUCAUGACAGAAUGGCUCCCUUUGACGGCUCUGCAUGGGAGGAAGAAGAUGAUGAGGCUGCUCCUCCACCUCCUCCUGCUGAUGUUCCUUACUAUAAUAACUUUCCUGAUAAGCAGCCUCCCCCUGGUGGACUGAUUGACAUGAGGACCCGUCCAGGAGCAACGCUGCCCUACGGGCAGCCAGGUCAGGGCGACAUUCACCAACAGCCUGUGCCUCCUCUACCAGUAGGUGCCAAAGAAGGAGCUCGGGAACUGUUUGACGACCCAUCAUACGUGAAUGUGGAGAAACCCCGACCUCCUGUAUCAGCUAAUGGAAAUGCUCACAGAGACGUUUUUGACAUGAAACCUCUCGAUGAUGCCUUGGGAGUCUCUGGACACGGUGGCCCAACGUCAGUGGUGGUACCGCUCCCACUGGUGCAACAGCUGCAGAACGAAAUCUGGUUCCACGGUAGUCUGAGUCGCAGAGAAGCAGAGAGACUGUUGACCCGAGAUGGAGACUUCCUGGUGCGAGAGUCUGGGACCACUCCCGGACAGUACGUCCUUACAGGACAGCAGGGGAGUCAGCCCAAGCACCUGCUUCUUGUUGACCCAGAGGGAGUGGUGCGCACAAAAGACCACCGGUUUGGAAGCGUCAGCCACCUGAUCAGCUACCAUAUGGACAACAGACUUCCCAUUGUGUCAGCUGGGAGCGAAGUGUUCCUGCAGCAGCCAGUGGAGCGCAGGGCCUGAAGCUACACACACCAAUGAAAUACUCCACCAAAAAUACUCUCGCUCCUUCUGCAAAUCUUCUUGACACACUCCCAAAAUCCUAGGCUUUAAUUCUCACUACAUUACACACAGCACUCCCAUGGAACGUCAUAUGGCAACAGACAAGCCAAAACAAAUAGAAAUAUAUCACUGGUUUCUCAGCAAAAUGCAAAAAAUCACCUUCUUAUUGCUGUUGCGGAAUUUUCUGCCAAACUGUGAACUGCAGUGUCUACUAAACCAUAUGAACCGUCGGACUCGUCCAUGUCAUGCAGAGAGGCACCGCUGCAUUUUCUCAGACUACUGUGAAGCAGGGAGGAGCCCUUUACCAUCAUCACAACAGGGCAAAAAACAUGCAAUUCUUUCUUCUUUCAUGUAGUUAGGAGGGGAAAAAACAACUGCUUAUGAAUACGUGGAAUUGUGUUCUAAAAUUGUUGAACUGUGGAGGAACAUGAACAGUCCUGGACUGAGAUCUGUGGAGUCUUUAUUUAGGAGGGGAAACAGUUCCUCUUCGGAGCAUUGCUGGAGAAUUUUAGUCAAAAAGGCGUAUAUUUGGUUCAUGCAGGCUUCGCCGCUUACAAACUCACCCUUCAGAUCUCACUGGAGAAGGAAAUCGAAGAAGAUUCUGGCGGGUAAAUAUGCAUACACGAGCCUGCAUCCUAUCUUAUCAGGAGCAACGCUCCACCUUCAGUCCCUCCUGUUUGAGGACUUUGGACCUUGGAGGAUAGCCUGUAUGCAAAAGCUGUGCUAAAGGCUAUCACAUCGUUUAUUCUGGUUUGUCUUUUGUGUAUUUUCUUCUGUUAUCAUGAGUCACAUUACUUACUGGACAUUUGGAGUAGAGGAAGAUCCAAAUAACUGUAUCUCUCCAGUCCUUAGCACACACAUGCAUAUGUAUAUACACACCUUUACAAGCCACACACACUCAUGUCAUGCCAAAGACCAUAAACCUGGUUGCUAUUAGCAAAAAAAAAAAAGGAAGCCAUGACUAUUAUUAGCAGUUGUGUCUAGGCAUGGGCUGGUAUUAGAUUCUCAUGGCAUAGGAAUCUAAAGUAAAAAUAGUUAAACAAAUAAAUGACAUGAUGUAAUUUCAUUUAUUUGGAACAGAAAACCAAGAGUUAUUUCUACUGCUGCUAAAAGUAUAUACUAUAGUUGUUACAGUUAAAAUGAUGGGAAAACAUUUAUUUUAUUACUAAAAUAAGGAAAAGUAUCACCUGCUGAAUCUAGAAUUAUCUUUUUAAAGCUUUUUUUAGACAUAGAAAAUACCAUUUUGUAGUUCAGCUCUUUAUAGACUAUAACACGCGUAUGACAAGCUAGUUUAUUUGUCAGACUGCUUGCAAAGUCGGAUGCUUUCCAAAACGUUGUGCUAGUAGCUUAAAAAUGACCAUAAUAAGAGGGAAUUUGUCUUACAGUCUGGAGAGAAGUGUAGCAUCUUUAAAUCAGCCAGCUGACUGGUAGCAGGCAGCAACAGGUGAGAAAUGAAGCAGCAUUUUGCUACUCUGUGCUCCACACAUCUGAAAGAAAUUUAAACUGAAGGAACUGCAUAAUGGAAAUUUUCAUCAGCUUUAAAACCGUAACAUUUAGAACCUUGGCAUAAAUUGAUGAGCAUUGGAAAUAUGUCCAAACUGCCAGCCUGAGAAAAGCUAAUCAGCAUUUUGUUUUUCAGUAAUCUGGCCGGCAGUGAGCAGCAACAUUUUGGGGAGGGCCAUUGUUUUGUUACUCUAUGCUCCUAACAGCUGGAAGAAAAUAUGGUCACUCUGACACUUUUCUUUAGGGCACAUAGGUACUAUAAAUCCUAGAAACAGCAUUUUCUAACCAUUUGAACUGUAAUGUACAGUAACAGGUAGGGGAGGGGCAGGAAACUCCAGUCACUCUAGCAUUUUCUCUGGCAUCUCAUUAAAAGGACUUGAAUCUGUAGGAACGAAGUAGCAGAAAUUUCUAACAAUUUAAAACCUUCGUACACCUGGAUACUGGUAGCCGGCCCAUGCCUAGUUGUGUCAUAAUUAUUUUAAAAUGGGCUUGUUUUCUAGUGGAGAAAUAAAAUAGAGGUGAUUGUGCCUGAAUCCGGCAUCAAAGAGGAGAUUUUUAAAGUACACUGAUGUCAGCCGCAGGAAAAAAUAGUGCAUUUUAAGAAGCAAAGAGGUUGCUAUUCAAUAACACUUUAGUAUGUGUUUGCAUUGACAAUCUAUGGGUAAUACCUGCAGAGUAAAAGCAAAGAUACGAAAUGCUCAGCAGUCUUUUAGCAAGAACAUUCUGCUUGCAAAAAUAAUGCAGAGUUCUGUCAUUGUUUAGGGUAAUAUGAGGGAAUCAUCUUAAAAGAAAACAAAAACCUUGUAUGAAACAAAGUGGCUCUACAUUACUACAGAUCAUGUUUUUUAAAGCGUUGCCAUCGAUCUUCAGUGAGCUAUUUUCAAACCUACAAGGAUACAAAAAGGGGGUAUUGGACGCCGUCCUUUUCUUCUCCCCUCAGUUCAUGACGUGUUUUAUAUCUUUUCAAUUGUGCCUUGUUUCCUCAAUGCAGUCAUGUUAUUUCGAUGCAGUCACCUUAUGUACUUAAUUCAGAUGUAGUCAACUGCAGGAGAAUCUCUCCGUUUAACAAAAACUGCAAAAGCAACAAGAUGACGACACACGGCUCCAGUGAUGGUAAUCUCCUCUAUUGCACAUUCCUGCAUUCAGCUUCUAGUCACAGAUACUUGAUGUCAACAUUGGGGGGUGAGGGAGGGAGGGUAUAUUUCUUGAUCACAUGUAAAUAACAUUACUUCUAGAGUGAUCGGCUUGAUUAUUGUUUCUAUUCUGUAUUUAAUGACUUAUUUGUUGAGUAAUGCAGACUGUAAAGCAUUAGGGUGUUCAUUUUACAAUGUCAGAGAGGUUGAAACCAAAAAUGUUGAAAUGUGAGAAGGGACCUUUCUGUCACAUGUGAUCAAACAUGCACACAUGCCAGAGUGGCAACUGUUCAGAUGGGUCAGAAAUAGGAAAACCAGAGGGGAGCUCUGUUAUUACUCUGUGUGUGCAUGUUGUGCUGGAAUAGACUCAAUUGACCCUCUGUAUCAUUAGUGAACUGGUGCUGUGUUAUUGUUCAUCACAGCUGCCUUUGUUGCAUGAAAAUCCAUUUCAAAAAGAUGUGUUUUGUUGUUGGCAGCGGUGAUAUUGUUGAUGCUGUUUAUGAUUUUAAGCCAAAGGUUCAUUAUGAAUAGUGUGCAUAGAUAUUGUACUUUUACUUUUUUUUUUUUUUUUGUUCUGUUUUUCUUGUUAGGGAAACAUGUCUGUUUACACCUGUAACUGAAAAUCUAGAUUGCAUAUAUAAAUAUAUAUACAUCAUUUA